AUGUCCGAUAAAAACGCUUCUAUCGUUAGGAAUGCGGAGAAAAACAAUGACAAACUCUUCCCAAUAUUCCAGAAGAACCUUUCCAGCGACAAUCUCGCCGAGUUUGCCACAGCCGCGGAUAAACUGUCGGGAUGGCUGAGCAGGGACAAGGCAUAUUACACGAGGGCUAGGCCUAUGACCGCACACGAGACUGUUCUCCGCCACAGUAGAUCCACCGCCCCCUUUCACGUGUCCAGAGUCACAGACGACGUCAGGCCAUGGGCAGAUGCAUAUGUGAAGAUCCUGCGGACCGUGAUGCAUUUCGCCAUGCUCUUCUCGGAGAGCGCCCUGCAGCUGCGUCUCCGGAGGUUGUUGCAGGCCCUGUGCGACAACGUUGACACCUUCCUGUCGCAGCAGACGCUCUUCUCCCCGUCCGCGACAAACAGCCCGAUUGCCUCUGUAGCAGGAACACCCGGGGCGCCGUUGCCACCUCCGAGCGCUUUGCAUCCCACCGCCGCUCCCUUGCAACCGGUUGUACCAAGACCGAUUUCUGCGGGCCCUCCGCGAUUCGACCCCGCCAAUCCACCCAAAUUGACCGAGGCCCAGAUCUUAGCCGUGCUCGCGCUUGCCAAAGCUCAAGGGACCCCUGUACCGCCCACUCCAAGUACGACUGCGGUAGCAGUCCUCUCAGGAGCGCCUAUAACACCACAGACGCCCGCGCCUACGGGGCCGACGCCUCUCCCGCGUACAAAGACCUUGAGUGCUUCCCAAGUUAACCCCACACCUUCACCAGUAGCUACUGACCCCGCGAUGGCACCCGAACACUCGCGCAAGGCCAAGAGGCGGAAAACACUGCCCGUGGACUUUGACUUCAUCGAGGCCGACCUCAACUGGUACAAGGACACUCAUGCCGCAGAGGCCACCGCUGCGAAUCAAGAUCCGACCGGCACGGCGCCAAGUACGGUCGUGAACACCCCGACUCUCGUUCCCGAAACCACCUACCCUACUGCGGAGACGUCAGAGGAUAUCAAGCCACUCGUGGGGAUCACUUCCGACUCCGAGGCGACCUCUGCUUCGCGAGAUGGGCCAACCGCGCCAUCCACCCUUGAGACAGUGCCUGUGACAAAGUCUCGAUCACCAUCCGUUCCCCUGCGAGACGUUUCGCGCACGGCCUCGGUUUCGCAACCUGACCGUAUAUCGGAAAGCGAGCCUGCGAAGUUGCUCGCCAAAGAGGAGCCGGCGCCCGAAUCGCCUGUCAUGCUCGCGCCGUCCCUCACGAGGCGUUCUAACGAGCCCAACGGCUCCACGCCAGUCGAGAGCCCGUCGGCUGUUCCCCACAAGGCGCUAUCGCCGCUGGCAGGGGAUGCUCUGCCGUCGCCGCUUGCGACGAAGAAGACGAAGAAGAGGAAGCGUGGCCCACCUGGCCUCAAGUUCCUCCCAAUGCCUUCUGGGGAGCAGCCGCCAGAGCCUAUGGCCGUGGACGAGCAACCGCCAGAACCUAUGGUCGUGGACGGGAUCCCUGGCCUUGAGAACGGAUUGGCAAACGGCCGAGAGUCUUCGAUGCGCUCUGCCAGUGCGUCUACGUCUGUUGCUGCGCCUCCUGUACCCCUUCCACCUGAACCUCCAGCGUCUACUCCACCCAAGGGCGAAGCUUCUACGCACCCAAGUGGCAUGGUUAAGGAAGCUGCGGCUGCUGCAGAGUCGCCUGUUCCAAUGGACAUAGAGACAGAGUCGGAUCGAUCGGCAGAGAUCGUUCCGAAUGGAGACGCUCCCAACGGCAUUGAAAACGACCCUGCGUUAAGUGUAGAGGCACGACCACCCAGCGAUGGGCACACACAGACGCGGGAGUUGCCGAGUAUGGCUCCGACGGAGCUAUUGACGAAUGGCAAAGCGCCGACCCCGUCGAAAGAGUCCGAGGAAGGCUCCGAGGUCGAGCGCAUGCUCCUCUUCAUCCAAUCUGCCUCAAAAGUUUCUACCCCUACGCCUGCUGUAGAACCUCCCCUCGCCGUCCCUGCCGUCUCCACACCACUCGCUACGAACGGUUUUGCGCCCAGUACAAAUUCCACGACGCCUCGGCCAGCUGCUAUGGAAAUUACAACUGCCCCGGACGACCAGUCCCCGUUCGCCUCCGCGUCCGCGCGUGUCCUCAACAUGGUACGUGGAGCCUCCUCCAUGACGCCCGCCAGUCGGCCCGUGGUCCUCGAAUUCGAGCUCUCCGCGGAUGAGCUCGCGCAGAUCGCGAGGUGGACUGACCGCAGCAAAACUUCCGAGGGCCACAGCGAUCUUUCUACGGCCCUGUGCAUUACGUUUGCGUCCUACACAACUGCUCAGCUGCAGGACGUCACCCCGGAGUCGCCGGCAGGCGCUGCGGAUAUCGCGAAGUACGGCCGCCCGGCCCCGUGGCCCCAGGACGGGACCGCAUUCGUGGCCCUGAACGCGGGCGAGGGCGGACAGGGCGGCGAGCGCUUUACGAUCUCGCCGCCAUUCAUCUCCACCGUUGACAAGUGCGUCGACCUCGGGACCCGCAAGCUGCAUGCCGGCCUCAACUCGAUCCACCUAUUCCAAUACCGCGACCACUCCGACCGGGCGUUCCUCGCGCUCCUGCACCACCCGACGCGCGCACAGCUCGCCGAGCUGCAGACCGCGCGCGACCGGGAGCGCGAGUGGCGGCAGUUCCUGCAUGGGCUCGGGCACAUCGAGCUGCAGGUCCCGCGCCUGUUCCCCGCGUCGCUGCUGGGGUCGAGCUUCGUGUACACCCCGACUCUAGAUCUGAGGGGCCUGGUAAUGCGUGUAAAUACUGUACACUGGUAUGAGUUACCGAGCACUGCUAAAUAG